ACUUUAAGGCUCUCAAAAUUGCGCGAUUCGCGCUCUGUUUACCAACAAGCUGCGUUCGGCGCUUAAAUAGCAGCUGUUCAGCAAUGAUGAAUUAUUUUCCCAACUAUUAUUCGAUUGAGGACAUCUUUGUCACCCAAGAAAAGGUCGAGUGCAAAGUCAAUACCCGUCUACAGCGGUUGGGCUUCCUAGAUGCCGGUGCUGAAACGGAGGACCUGGAGCCCGGCCGAACGAUUAAUUUGCCGCUGUGGUACAUCAAGGAGCUGAAAGUGAACAAUUCGUACUUCACAAUAGGCGUGCCGGACAUAUACAAGAACGUGCACAAGGCCGUUUGUGAGGCAGAGACAACGCACAUCGAACUGGGUCGACUGCAUCCAUAUUUCUACGAGUUUGGUCGCUAUCUAACGCCCUACGAUCGCAACCAUGUGAUUGGUCGCAUCAUAUUUGAGACGCUGCGCCAGCGCGUACGCCAUUUGUUGGACAUAUCAAAGAACGAUGGUGAGAGCAAACGCGAGCAUCGGCUCGACAACAUCGAGAGCAAGCUCCACGAAGCGGGUCUGCGCACCAAUACCCAGUACAUCAACUGGCUGCAAAUGAGCGGCAAUCACAUACGCAUCUCCCAGCUCGUCGAGGAGCAUCAGAAGAAACGCAAGCGAGCCGAACGCAGCGACGAUGAAGGCGGUGAUGAAACGGACACGCCCUCUAGCAAAAAACGCAGCACAAUGUAAACAAGAUGUGAUAAUAGAGACAUCGAAAAAAACACACACAUUUUAUUUUAUGUUUCACUUUAAGCGUAUUUGUAAAAAGAAAUCUAUAAACUAAUUGGGAAAAUCCAAGUAUACAAAAAAUAACAAAUAAUAAAAAG